AUGGGGAACUCAAAUGGAUGUACAGUGGAUGAUCUACAGGCAGUGGAGAUGCACCUGUGGUACAAGAAGUUUAUGACGGAGUGCCCCUCAGGGCAGCUCACUCUGCACGAAUUCAAACAGUUCUUUGGACUGAAGGGUCUGGACUCAGAGGCCAAUGCCUACAUUGAACAGAUGUUUCGCACAUUUGAUAUGAACAAGGAUGGCUAUAUAGACUUUAUGGAGUAUGUAGCUGCCUUGAGUCUGGUGAUGCGUGGAAAGAUGGAGCACAAGUUGCGCUGGUAUUUUAAACUUUAUGAUGUGGAUGGCAACGGGUGCAUCGACCGACACGAGCUGCUUAACAUCAUAAAAGCAAUUCGAGCAAUCAAUGGAAAUGAAAAUCAGGAGUGUACAGCCGAGGAAUUCACCAACAAAGUGUUUGACAGGAUCGAUAUCAACGGAGAUGGUGAACUAUCUUUAGAGGAGUUUGUAGCUGGGGCUCGCAGUGAUGAAGACUUCAUGGAGGUGAUGAUGAAGAGUCUGGAUCUCACUCACAUUGUGGCGAUGAUCCACAACAGAAGACGCAGCAUUUAG